AUCGUCACGCCUUUUCCCUUUUACACAAUCUCACAAACGCCACAUAAAUGCUCUGGUGAGAGAGACAGAGGAGGGAGAGAGAGAGAGAGAGAAGGCGCGCAGGACUUGCGAUUUCAGUCAGUUUUGAAUUUUUAGGGUUUUUUGGCUCCAUUUUUUUCGCUUCCAUCUAAACUCAUUCGAAUCCCUCGUUUCAAAUAAUCAAAACUCUCCCUCUCUCUCUCCCGCUCUCUCACCCCAUUGCUUUUUCCCACUACUCACUCCGACCCCGAAUUCUAGGGUUUCCAAUUGAAUGAUUUCCAAUUCUUUUCCCCGAUUUCAUUCCCAAUAAUUGGCGCGUUCGAUUGUAGGAAAGAAACCAUGGUCAGAGCAGCAGUGAAAGGGGAGCCAAGUAGUAGAAAUAAUCAUAACAGCAGGAGGAGGAAAGACACAGCAGAGGCGGGCGUUGAAUCGAAUACCAACAGUGGUUCUGGACCCGAGACCGUGUUUCAGCGCAGGGUUCUUCGGUCUCGAUACCUCGCUGUCAAGAAUCUCAUUAGCGAGAAGAGAGAAGAUAUAUCAGGGGUUGAUUCUGACAAGUUCAAUUCCAUAAUUAAUGAGGUGGAGAGCUUGCAUCAGCUAGUACAAAAACCUAGGGAACAAGUUGCAGAUGCUGAGGCUCUGUUGGACAUUACAUCCACUUUGGUGUCCUCUGUUAAGGCACAUGGUAAUGAAGGAAUAACCCCAUCAGAUUUGGUAAACUCUCUUGUUAGAGAUUUCGGGCGACAAGGUGGGGCAAGUAGCAGCACCGAGGAUGGUAACAACUCUGUAUUGUGGAAUGAUAUUGGUCUAGCAGUAUCUCAUGUUUUCCGGAGGACCCCUGGAUGCACCACCAUGCUUGGACCUAUGAAUACUGAACCAAAACAAAGAAAGGCUAUUGUUCAAAGAAAACGUGUGAGACCAACCGAGAAAGCUCGGCCUGAAGAGCUUGAGGAUACUGGUACAGAGGAGAGAACGGACACAGAUAAAAAUAUGGCUACCAUGUUUCAUAUUUUAAAGAAGAAUAGAAGGGCCAGGCUUGAAAAUGUAGUAUUGAACAGAAACUCCUUUGCACAGACGGUAGAGAAUUUAUUUGCUCUAUCCUUUCUAGUAAAAGAUGGGCGAGCUGAAAUAACAGUGAAUGAGAAAGGAUGGCAUACAGUCUCUCCAAGGAAUGCUCCUGCUGCUGAUGAUGUUACCUCUGGGGAGGUUUCUUACAGCCACUUUGUUUUCCGAUUCGACUUUAGGGAUUGGAAGUUGAUGUUAGAUUCUGUCGAGGUUGGAGAAGAGCUGAUGCCUCAUAGGAAUCCAGAGGACAUAACAAGUGAUUCACGAACAGAUAAAAUGCCUGAAGAAGCUCAAGCAACGGGAACCUUAACUCCAAUCAGAAAAUUGUCUAGGAACCGUGGUCUGGUUUUGCAGGAACAGUCAGUUGUGGCUGACUCUCCUGAAAGCGAUGAUUCUGCAGCAAGAAGAGCUGCCAUUCGGAAGGGAAAGCGUAAGCUAAUAUGACGUGUGGGUAGAUGACUAGAUGUGAAGCUUUCAUGGUAGCAAAAAUUUAGAGAGAUUUUGAUUAUUUAUGACUAUUUUGAGCCCCUUUGGUGAUGGAGAGAUGCCACUAGUCUAUUAGUUCUAGGACGUUUCUUAGUGUAUGUUUUGGCAAAUUCUAUUUGCACUUUUCCUCCAGUUAUCUAGUGAGUUUUAUUUA